UGCAUCCUUUCAGUUCUAUGCCUGUUUUCCAUCUCAUAGCGUUGCAGCCAUGGCUCUUCCCAAAACUCCGUCUCCCUUUCCUUCCCCUUCCUCCUCUCUCCUCAUGUUUCUCCCCUUCUUAGCUCUCCAAACCCCUCUCUCCUUCUCAGCUGACACCAUCUCUGCCAACUCCCCCAUCUCAGGGGAGCAGCAGCUAACCUCCAAAGGAGGCAACUUUGUUCUGGGCUUCUUCUCUCCAAGUAGCUCCUCCAAAUACUACAUAGGCAUCUGGUACAAAAAAGUCUCACAGCAAACCCCCGUCUGGGUAGCCAACAGAGAAACCCCUGUCUCAGACAAGACCAAAUCCGAGCUCAGGCUCUCUGCCGAUGGAAACUUGGUUCUCCUCAACCAGUCCAAAGCCCAAAUCUGGUCCACUAACGCCAGCAUCUCUGCCAAAUCCACUGUAGCGGUUCUCCGAGACACUGGAAACCUUGUGCUUGCAGAUGGCUCCAACUCCUCCAGGAUCUUGUGGCAGAGCAUCGACCACCCCACCGAUACCUGGCUCCCCGGAGGCAAGCUCGGCCUGAACAAGGUGACUAAACAGAACCAGCGCCUCAUCUCCUGGAGGAGCUCAGCUGACCCAGCUCCUGGGAUCUUCUCCCUUGAGCUCGACCCCAAUGGAAGCAGCCAGUACUUCAUUCAGUGGAAUAAGUCUGUCCAGUACUGGACUAGCGGGACUUGGAAUGGAAAUAUCUUUAGUAAGGUGCCGGAGAUGACGGCGAAUUAUAUCUACGACUUCAAAUACGUUACCGAUAGUGACGAAAGCUACUUCACUUACUCUGUUAAAGAUCCCUCGAUCAUCUCGAGGUUUAUAAUGGACACCUCGGGGCAGAUCAAGCAGUUGACAUGGGUGGAAGAAUCCCAGGAAUGGAUACUGUUCUGGUCCCAGCCGAGGGCGCAGUGCGAAGUGUACUCCCUCUGCGGGCCGUUCGGGAGCUGCAGCGAGAGCAGCGGGACAUUCUGCAAAUGCGUCAAGGGUUUUGUGGCGCGAAACCAGACCGAAUGGGAUUUGCUGGAUCGAACAGGGGGUUGCGUGAGGACGACUCCAUUGCAGUGCAGUAGCAACAGCUCGACGAAUGUCGAGAAAGAUAAGUUUUAUCCGAUGGAUGGUAUGAAGUUGCCAGAUAAUGCUCAGAAUUUAGAUGCUGGGAGUGCUGAAGAUUGUGAAUCAGCCUGUUUGAACAAUUGCUCUUGUACUGCUUACACAUUUAAUGGUGGGUGCUCCGUGUGGCACGGGGAUUUGAUCAAUCUACAGGAGCAAUACAAUGGAACGAAUGGAGGAACUCUUUACCUUCGGCUGGCUGCUUCGGAGCUGCCGGACUCCACGAGCAAGAAGGGAACGGUCGUCGGGGCCGUCGCCGGUGCGGUUGCGGGCUUGGUAGUUUGUGUGGUUAUCGUAUGGGUGCUGAUCUGGAGGCGCCGGAAGACGCGGAUGAUUCGUGCUGCGAAAGCAGUAGGGAGAGUUCUGGUGCCAUUCAGAUACAGCGACCUGCAGCAUUUCACCAAGAACUUCUCGGAGAAAUUGGGAGGAGGAGGUUUCGGUUCGGUGUUCAAGGGGUUCUUGCCAGAUUCGACCGCCAUAGCUGUAAAGAAGCUUGAAGGCCUUCGUCAGGGAGAGAAGCAGUUCCGGUCCGAGGUGAGCACGAUUGGAACGGUGCAGCAUGUGAACCUGGUUCGACUUCUUGGGUUUUGCUCCGAAGGCGCCAAAAGGUUGCUGGUUUAUGAGUUCAUGUUAAAGGGUUCUCUGGAUACCCAGCUGUUCAAGAACAAUUCCAUGGUCUUGGACUGGAACACGAGGUACCGAAUUGCUCUUGGAACUGCUAGAGGAUUGGCUUAUCUCCACGAGAAGUGCAGGGACUGCAUUAUACACUGCGAUAUAAAGCCAGAAAACAUUCUACUGGAUGCAUCCUUUGUUCCAAAAGUGGCAGACUUCGGUCUGGCAAAGCUUGUAGGCCGGGAUUUCAGCCGAGUAUUGACUACGAUGAGAGGAACGAGAGGCUAUCUCGCACCUGAAUGGAUAACUGGGGUAGCCAUCACUGCCAAAGCUGAUGUCUACAGCUACGGGAUGAUGCUUUUGGAAAUUAUAUCUGGCAGGAGAAACUCAGAGCAGACAGAGGAGGGGAAAGCUGCAUUUUUUCCUGCAUUAGCUGCGAACAGUCUCGCGCAAGGGGAUGUCGGAAGCUUGGCAGAUCAUAGAUUGGGCGAUGAUGUGAGCAUUGAAGAGCUUGAAAGAGCUUGCAAAGUUGCUUAUUGGUGCAUUCAGGAUGAUGAAAGUGCCAGGCCAACGAUGGGCCAGGUUGUUCAAAUUUUAGAGGGAUUUCUAGAAAUUAACAUACCUCCUAUUCCAAGAUCACUUAAAGUUCUUGCGGAAAGCCCGGAGAACAUAAAUUUCUUCUCAGACUUGUCAUCGAAUCAAAGUUCCCAGACACGGAGUACCACUUCUAUCGGCUCUCAAGUUAAAAGCACAGCAUCAAGGAGUUCUAAUGUAUGAAGAUGCCCAAGACUUUCCUAGCUCCGCAUACCAUCUAAGUCAUUGUUGCUCUCAAUGAACCUUAAAACCUGUUUCUCCAGCAACUUGUGUUUCUUCUUUGGUGCUUGUAAAUCGUUCUUAAUUUACCUAAUGAAGUAAAAGAAAAGGUGAAGGAUAAGAUGAAGCAGUUGGCAUGGGUGGAAGAAUACCAGACAUGGAUACUGUUCUGGUCCCAGCGGAGAAUGCAAUGCCAAAUUUUACGCUCUCCGUGGGCCGUUGGAGAGCUGCGAUGAGUUCAUCUUGCUAUUAUGCAACUGUAUCAAGGAGUUCAGAAUCAGUGUUGCGACAAUAGCUUUGCCAAUGUGGAGAAAGAUAAGUUCCAGGGAAGUUGAUAGCCGGUCCCCCCCGUUGGUCGGACUCUUUAACUUUCAAUCUCCGUAGGCUCGGACCUUAUAUCCAGUUCAAGUUUCAAUAUUUCUGUAACUCCCAGUCCCUCAUCUCAUAGUACCUCUCCACCUAGUUUUCAAGAAGGCAACGACGAUGGGUUCUCAAGCUCCGCCCCUCUACCUGGUCUUCUUGCCAUUCCUUGUGAGUGGUCAAAAUUUAGAUGUUGAAAGUGUUGUUGAUUGUGCUUAUUUGAAGGUGUAAUAAUUUAGAACUUCACCCAAGAAAAGCUAGCUAAAGGAUAUUAUUUAAGUUCUUUGAUCCUAUAUAGAUAUCCAAAAUCCACUCGGUGCAUAACCAAUGUGAAAAUAAACAUAUGUCUACAUGGGUUCUCAUAUACUUUCUCCAUUUAAGCUCUUCUUGAUGAGAGGAGGGCUAUCUACUUCUCUCAAGCUCAAAAUUAAUAAUGAACCAUCUAAAUUGAAUAUUGACCCUGUUGCUCAUGAUCUAUAUAACUAAAAAUAGUUAGAAAUGACAUGUUUUGGUAGUUUAUAGCGCCUUGAGUGGGUGCAAAAAUGAAUGGUUAAAAUGAUGUAAGACUCUUAUUUUGCUAUGAUUGAAGAAUCAGAAUCAAUGGAUUUUCAAUUUAUAGAUGUUCUAACAUGUGCAGAUCAUGAUAAAUAAGAUGGAUUUCUCAUGCAAAUGGUUUAUCAUAUGCUUUAAUAUACUAGUACAAUAAAAGCCAUCCAUUUUUGUGUCUACAUGAUGCAUAAGUUAGAAAUCAUUAAAAAUAUAUGAUAUUUAGUUUCUACAGAUUUUUUGUAGCAUAGAUAAUAAGUAAUAGUGUGGAUCUUUGAUUUGAAUAUACUGUAGAUAGCUUUUUCUUUUAAGAGAAGCAUAGCUCGUUUUUAUAUAGGGAGAGAGGGAGAAAGCAUUGGGACUAUUACUUAUUUUUUCCCUUUCUUUUUUUCCCCUUAUAGUUGUUAAACUUGACAUAUUAAUGCCGGCCUAUUUGCUAAUAGAUUUAAUUAAGUUUUUUUUUGAGUAAACUAACUAUAUAAACUCUUAAGGUCAAGUACUUUAUGGACAUUCUAAUAAAAAAAAGUGCUUCAUCAACAUGAUAUAUAUAUGCUGCAACUAAUGUAUUUGGUACAAUUAUAAAUUACCUAGGCUGUCAUUUUGAAUCAUUUAGAAACUUCAGUCUACAAUCAUUUAUGUUUCUCAAAAUCUAAUCAAAAUUGAUUAUGUUCUUGCACGUCGAUUGAAUUACUAGCAUCCUAAGAAAACUUAAAUAGUAGUAACCAUAAAAAAAAAUUAUGUCAGAACUUUUGUGAAGCAGUACAGACAAAGUAGCAAGGCAAUGAAAAAAUAAUUUAAUAAGCAAGACUUUUCACAAGGACAGGCGUUAUGGGUGCACAACGAUCUACCGUUCGAUUACCGACAAGGGAGAAACCGACGGCAACUGUCAUCCGCUCGCGGAACUUCCGGAAGAACUAAAAUAAUUUAUAUGUUUGAUCUCAUGCUGGGAUCCCACCACGUUGGGCUCUCAGGCGGUGAAGGAGCGACCUUUCUGGGUUCCUCCUCCCUCUUUCGAGCUAGGGUUAGUUUUUUUUCUUCCCCCCCUCUUCUUGGAGAAUUUCGAUCGGCACGGAAGGGUGAGGGGGAGAAGAGGAUGCCGCACCGGCACUCUAAGAACAAUAACGACGUCCCGUUCUUCACAUACGACGGAAGCUCGGGUACGGGACGCAGUUAGAGCGCCUUGGGAAGGACUCGAUCAAGCCCUUCGACGCCUGCUGCCUCUGCUUGAAGCCCUUCAUCGACCCCCUCUGCUGCCAGAAGGGCCACGUCUUCUGCAAGGAAUGCAUCCUCGCCCAGACGAAGGACAUCAGGAGGUGCCCUAACUCUCACUUGUCUUCUUCUCUCUGAUUCUUGGUGUUCUGACCCCGAUUACUGUUUUUUUUUAUCCUCUUUCGUUGAUCUGUUUUGCGCUUUUCAUCUAAUUGGAGAUUCUAGGGUCAAGAUUGAAUCAUUUGAAAAUUUUGAUGCCGGGUUGUGGUAGGUCUCUGAAAGAGCCCAUGUUCUUUCGGGCCUCGGCCGGCCUCUGGGCCACGGCACGCGCUCGACACGCGUGACAGGGGAGGGAGACUCCCGAUCGGAGUUCAACAUUAAGGGUCUCUUCCCCUCUCCUUGGGCAUCACCUUUGGGAGUUCAACAUUAGAGGCUUGGAUCUCUAAGAUUUCCGUGGGAGGAACAUGGGGAUUUCGCAGCCGAGCCGGCUGGAGGAGCUCGCCGGAGGCAAGGUGAGCUACCUCUCCUUCUUUUUUCCGGUCUUUCGGCCACCGUCCCCCUUGAGGCCAGCCGGCAAUCCGCCGAAUUGAUGUUUAACAGGACCCCCCUGUUUUGCUUCUUAUUCUUCCAUUUAGCCGGCCGACGCCAGGCGUAGUGCGCCGCCGGCACCGCCAUGGGCUGUCAACCACGGGGCGUCACCGACCAUGGGUGGCUGCCCGCUGCCGAACACUUCCCUCCAAUCGGGAAGAAGGAAGAAAGUGAGAGAGAAGGAGAGCCUCUCAGUUCUCUACUCAUUCCUUGUCUUUCUCUCUCCUCUCUCUAGUUUCUCUCUUUCUGCUGGUAAUUUCUCAGUGUAGCUUGAUUUGGAGAGAUCAUUGGUUGUGAGGGCUGUUGGAUAGUCCUGAGUUGCCAUAUGAUGGUGGACCCUUUAGUCGAUUAGUAGUGGGUUCUGGGUUGUUGGACACCUCGGAUAAUUUUUAAUAUUGAUUCAGUUCUGUAGGGAACAAUCCUUCGAACAAGAGGACGUUGAGCAGUAUUCUGCGCACCCUGUCACAAGUUGAAAAUGUGAAACUAUAGCAGUCCCUAUCAUAGGCUGGAAAUGUGAUAUCUUGGCAGGCCUAAUCACAAGUUGGAAAUGUGACCGAGAUUUGGCCCAAAGUCGAAAAGAUAAUUGAUCUCGAUCAAGUUAAAAAGAAAUAAAAUAAAAAAAUAUUGAAAAUACUAAUAAAGAUUUAUGAGAUAUCGUAUGAUAUAUCACACUUGAGUAGCUGGAUUUCUAUUGAUAUUUGAUGUAUAUAUUUAUACUAAUUAUUUAAGCACUAUUGAUAGCUCGUUUGUGAUUUCGUAAUGUGUGCAACGAUUUCUUGCUAUUUUCAAACUUAUAUUAUUGUAUUGGUGUGGAUAUAUGGGAAUUUUUACUGGGCAGUGAAGCUCACCACCCCUUCUUUUUUUUUUGGAGUCGCAAGAUGUAUAGUUUCAGAUGGGUUAGGCAUGGAGUUUGAGUAUCGAAGUUGUUAGUUAGUUUAUUUUUCUUUGAUACCAAUGAAUGUUUGAAGAUCUUUUAACUGAACCAGCUUGAUUAGUUGGAUAUGUUGGAUUUAUUUAUUUGAAAUAAUUGAUUUAUUGUGGAGCUAUCAGAUUUUUGUUUAUCUUAGGCCUUGCAUAAUCUUUAGGGCAUUGCUCUAGGGCUCAUGCGGUCACGUGGUCGACCCAGGUGUUGGAUUUGGGGCAUGAUAUAGUGGUAUCAGAAUUUAAGGUUUAGGUAUUCUAGGGUUUAGGUUCGGAUGAGUGUGAGUGGGAAAAAACAUCUAAUGACUUGUUAAAAUACACUCUGGAUUUCUUUAAGCAAUCUUAAGAUACUGAAAAUAACUCGUGCAGGUUGAUAUGGUGCGAGGGAGUGGAUGUGGGUGUAUUAGGAGGCCGACCCGCUUUGCUGAUGGCUCCAUUGCUUGGACGCCCUCCAAACAGCAACAAGGUGCUCCACUCUCGCCGGCUAGGAGUAUGCAUCCUCAGGAAUACCCCAACCAGCCCGUUAGUAGUGCUCCAAAGAUGGAAACUCCAAGGGCGAAAACUCCAAGGACGGAAACCUUGGGCAAACCAAAAAUUCAGCCUAGAAAACCACUGAGUGCUUCUCAGCUGAUGCAAGCAAUGAUACAACAAGAAGCUGCUUCUCAAUCAAACAUGGUAAGAAUGAUGGAGAUGCAGCAACAACAGCAUUUCAUGAAAUAACAGCAAUGUAGCAGCAAUAAUUUAUUCAAUAGCAGCAAUAAUUUAUGCAACAGCAGUUGCAGCAGCAACAGUUGAUGCAUCAGCAGCAGGUGUUUCCUCAGCAUUAGUAGGAGGCUGUGAUUCGACAGGAACAUUAUGUUAGUUUGACAAAAUUUAAAAAAUUUACACCUUCAGCUUUUAAUUGCACUUCUGACCCUUUAGAGGUUGAGACCUAGUUGAAUGAGAUGGAAAAAGUUUUCAAUGCCCUGAGAUCCCCUGAUGGGGAUAGGGUCACUUUUGCUAUAUUUAUGUUGCUGGGGUAAGCAGAUACUUGGUGGAAUGUGGAAAGUGGAAAGAUGGGACAAAAUGCUACAUCUUUGACUUAGGAAGGAUUUAAGAAGAUUUUUCGUAUGUUUUCUGGAGCAUGAGAUGAUAGGAGUUUCAAGAAUUUACUCGAUUAGAGCAGGGGAACAUGACGGUCGUUGAAUAUGUUGCAAAGUUUGAGGAGCUAUCUAGGUAUGCUCCUGGACAGGUGGAGAAUGAAGGUGAAUGAGCUGAGAAGUUUGAAAAUGGAUUUACACCCUGAAUCAGACAACAGGUAUCCACCUUUGAGUUUUCUUCUUACAAGGAUGUGGUUAAUAAAGCUUUAGUGGUUGAAAGGGGCUUGAAUGACACUCAAGAAGAGAGGAAAAGGAUUAUGAAAAAGAGGAACAAACAAGAUGGUUUUCAAAAUAAGCACGGCAAGAAUACUGAAUCAAUGCCCAAGAAAUGAACUACUGCGGAUAAUAAACAAGUGCUUUAGGGCUCAUGCGGCCAUGUUACGUGGUCGACCUAGGUGUUGGGUUCAGGGCGUGACAGUCUCAUCAACAAGUGAAUUUGAUCUGCCUCAAAUCUGGUAAUUUAGGGCGGAUUAAUUUGAUUGGUGGGUUUGUUUGACCCUUUCUUGUGGCGAUGUUGUAUAUGUUGCUCUACAAAUUGGGAUUUUGGGAAGUCUUUGGUAUACUGUUCGUCUUUGUCUCGUGCUAUGUUUUGCGAUGGAUUAGUUUGGUUGAUGGGUGGGUUUGAUCUCUUUAUUUGCAGUAUUUGUACAGAGAUCUGCCUUUUACAGGACUUAUUGAUCAAUCAGGAUUCAUAUAGCGGAGGCCAAGUAAUUCAGAGAAGGCUUGAUUGUAAUAGCUUUGAAGUCAAUCUCAAUUUGCAAAUUUGGAAAUAGUUCUGGGUGUAAAAUUCAUAUCUGGCAAGAGCAUAAAAUUGCUGGAAAUAUAAAAUAAUAGGGUUUAUAAAUGCAACAAUCGUGUGUUUGCUGAAUCGGGUGUUAUAAAAUAUUCUGUGACUGGGCAGAUAAGCUCACUCCUCAUCCUGCUUCGUAAUUCUUAUUCUUAAUUGGACAUGCUUUCGAUUAUUAUAAAAGUUCUCACUAGUUUGUUCCAAGAAUUGUCUUUUAUUAUUUUUACUUUAUAAAUAACAGAAUACUUGUGACCAACACAAGAAUUUAAAAAGAUAAUAAGCAUGAUGAAGAGAGCAAACUCUGUUUGUGAUCUCAAAAAAAAAAAGAAAAGAAGAAAAUUGCCUGCAAAAUGAAAUUCAUUUCUAGAAUAAAAUAUAAGCAAUUACCAUUUCUGCUUGCUAUGCUUCUUGUGUGCAAACCAAACACAUGAUCGCUUCACCUUAUGCUGAUAGACCAUCUAGACUUGCCAAUAUGGUUUAAAACCUUUCUUAGAUUUUUUUUAUGGGAUAAUUUGACUGUUUCAACUCAUUCAUCUGAACACGUUGGCCUUUGCCUGAACUAAAAUAUUUUGUUUGAACCCGAAAAUGACUUUCUAGUAUCAGAUUGAUUUCAAACCAGUAUUGAUUUGAAUUGUUUUGGAUACCAAGCUUGCUGAAACAGGCACUAUGGAUGAAAAAUCAUGCUUCCUUUGCAUCAGUCUUAGACUUCUUAGAUAUUUCUUUUUUAGUUUUCACGUAAGAAAAGUUUUUACUUUAUGUAAGCUACUUUUCAGUGUGUGGGAAACCUAGAAUAUACUUUCCAUGAAUCUGAAUUCAACCCUUACAUUGAGUAUUUGUUGAAGAAAAAUGGGGCAGUAGUUCGAGUUGCAUUAUUGAAAAUUAAUAAUUUUCAGUACUAGUAAUAUAAACAAGUUUAUGGUGGUGUGCAUGAUCAGAAGAUGUGAAACAAGAAAAGCAUUUGACGAUACGUAAAAAUCAUAAGCAAAGGCUACUCCUUUGAAGGCUUGCAUGAUUUGGAAAAGCGGGAAAACAUUCCAAGAAACCUUACUGAUCUGUAAGAGGAGUUAGAGCAGGAGGUGAUUCAGGUUGUGGGUUUGGGAAAGCAGGCCCCUUAAAAAAUUUUGGAAAAUGAAGUUCUUAUGAAGUGGGUGUGGGAAUGACUUUAGUAAGAGACCUUAAAGUAGAAAUUUCUGGUUACCAAAGGAAAAAAAGGAGUUUUCUUUUCUUGAUCAUACCUCUGGUUGUGUAAAAUGAUACCAUUUGACUUUCCUGACAAGAUUAUCUGUGCUAUUAAAUAUGAUUGGUCAAACCCCCGGGUCAUCCUGAAUAUCCACCACUUAGUUACUUUUGCUGUGUAUGAUCACUUGAACUAGAAAUUUACUGAACGCAUGUCCUUAUUAUUGAUGUAUAUUAUUUUUCUAUUUGCAAUUAUUUUCUAUUUGCUCUAUGGCGGGCUGGCGGUUGGUUUUGUUGACUUCUUUUUUGUGUUUUUUUUUGGGGUAUGCGCGCAUGCGUGUGGUUGAGUCAAAGAGAGGUUACUUACCAAAGUUGGUGGUGAACUUUUCUUUUCUGGAGUGGAAAGGAGUAAGAACCCGCUCUAUAAGGGUGGACGGCAAAGAGAUUUUUAUAAUAUAUGUUAUACAGCACAUUUUAAGGGGUGGAUAUUGGCUUUUAUGGUUUAAUGGCAGUGUUUUGUCCUGUGGAAGGGAUGCGGGCUUUAGUUUUCUAAUGUGCUUAUUGGCUCAUAGGGGGCUUUGUUGCACUAAUGCAAGAAUUUGGAACUCAGCACCACAUUAUUCUGGAUUUUGGUUAAUCAUGGACCUAGUCUCCUCUAAGCUAUAGAGCUCGGAAGUUGGUCCAGUGGAACAUGUGUGACUGUCCUUUUCUUUUCUUUUCCUUUUAAAAUUGCAGUGAUUACUCUGUCUCUGCUCAUGGUCUUUUUAAUUUUGAUCUAGUUAAAUAGGGAGAGGCAACGACGGAGCAUCCUAGAAAUGAUGGGGGAAAUGUGAUGGCCUGCUAUUUUGGUCUAAUGUGCCGGCCCAUUAGCAUCUGCUUGGUCGACCACGAUCGACUGAUCGUGCCGAGCUCGGUGGCUAGGGUUUGUAACCCGAGCAAGCGAGGGGGAGAAAGGGGAAGAGAAAUGGCGCCUCACCGUCGGCAGUGGUUGGCGCGAAGGACCUACGCGGCAGCCUCGAGGACGGGAUCGGCAACGACCUCUCCGGGAUGCGGUGGUCGCAAUCGGAGCCCUAGCUCUGGUGCUCUUUCAGCAUCCCGCGUCCCACAACCUCUGCGGCGGUGCCUGCGAAGCUCAAGACUAUCCGCUCCAUCGGCAUGUUCCCUCCAUCCCCGACUAUGAGUCUGCCUCCGCCGCCCUUAUCCAGGAGCAUUAGGACGCCAUCCUCGCCAAGAUUGAGACCUCCAACGCUAUGUCCUACGACGACCUCCUGGGCUCCUCCCCUGGUACUCUCGCCGGAUGGACUCCGCCAGCCUCUGGCGAUUCAUCGUAUCCUGCCAUAGGGACCUCCCCAUCCUCAGAAAGGAGAUCGCCCAGGCCGUCGCCAGAUCGGUGGACCCUGCCUGGCUUGUGGUCGACGCCGUGGGGGACUUCUUGGACCACCAGACGAGCAGCGGCGACGUCGACCGGUGCUGCGCCUUGGGGAUGCUGCUGUGGCGCUCUUUGAUUUCUAGGGGAGGAAGGUGCUGAAGGUGUCGGAGAGCAUGAGGGAGAAGGCGGCGGCAGUGGCAGAGUCGUGGGAAAAAAAAAAGAGAAACUUGGAGGAAACAAAGAUUGGAAUAGGUGAGAUGGGGAAGGAGGAGCCCGGUAAAAUGGACUCUGAUGCAUCGGUUGAAAUGGUGGACAAGAGAGUUGCCUCAGAAAUUAACUGAGAAGGGGGCGAUGGUGCGGCGGAAGCUGCCGCUGGAGCCCCUAAAAUUCUGUGUUUUUAGGGUGAAGCCAGUUUGGUCCAGCUCCAUAGCUGCUGUGGUUUUGGGGUUUCUGAUGCUGGGAAGGAGAUUGUAUAAGAUGAAGUAUGAGAGCAGAAGCAUUCCACUCAAGGUCAGCAUCGAUGACAAGAAGGCAAACCAUUUCAAGAUCCAUGCUGGACGUAUUAAUGAAGCAUUCUCAGUGGGGAGCCGUGUUCCCAUCUCCACUCCCAGCUGGUGGUGUGAACCCAUGGCCUGUGGCGGGCUUUCAAUGAGUUGAUAAGACCAAAUGAGUGGAAGCAAUGUACUUUGCAAUGGCAGUGGAAAGUAGCAAUGUACUUUUCAGAUACAUUAUUGGCAUAGGAGGUGUGGGUUGGUAGCAUUAUAGCUACGAUUGGAUUGCGAUACAGGUAAGAUCUAUAUACUUGGUUAACAUUAUAUAUAUAUAUAUAUAUAUAUAUAUAUAUAUAUAUAUAUAUAUGUUACUGAUUUGCAUUGCUAGAUUUGCAUCAUGAUUUACAUUGAUAGAUUUGAUUUGGCAUGUGUUGGUAUAUUUUAUAUAAUUUUCAGUACGAAUAUACUUAUAUGGUAGUAUAUCUAUUAGAUAUUGGAAACAUGAAUAUAUGAAUAAUAUUAUCUUGAAUUUGAGAGAAAUGCACUGUGUAAGUAGAAAUUGAUUUGACAAGAGUAACUUGUAAGUCAGAUGGAUAAGAUAUGGUUUGGACUAACCUCGUCAUGGGAUAGCCUCUAUGAGCUUAUGCAUAGGAUAGUCUCCACAGGCUUAAACGUGGGAUAGCAUUCAUAAGCUUACGCAUGGGAUAACCUCCACGAACUUAUGCAUGGGAUAGCGUAUACGAGCUUACGCAUGGUAUUUUGUCAGUCUUGGGCAGGGUCGUGAUCUUGGUUAGUCCAAAAUUGAAAAAAUAUUGUUAUGAAAUCUCAAAAUCAAGUUAAUGAUAAACGGAUGAUAUGACAUAAGAAAUUAUUGUUAAACAACUAGUUAAUUAAGAUAUGUAUGUAUGUAUGUAUGUAUAUGCUUCUUUGAUAAGAUGAUAAUGAGAGGGCUUAUGUGCAUGUUAAUUCUACGAGUUUUUCGAGUAUUGAUAUAGCAUUUAUUUUAUUUGGUAUUCUUCAUUUAAUUAUUUUUCUAUUACUUAUGGUAUGGCAGUUUGGGAUUCUUACUGGGCUGAAAAAGCUUAGAUCCUUUCUUACAUUUUUUUCAGAGUUGCAGGUUGCAUAGUACUUGGCUAUGGUUGAGAUCACAGGUGGAAGGGAUGAAUAGAUAGAGCAUCCUUGUUUCUGGUUGGAUGAAUGAAUCUGCUAAUUUUGUACAAGUUUUUUUACUUGUUAUGAAACGAGAUCAUUUUUUUGUUCAUGGAUAUUGAGGUUGUAAUAAGUUUUUCAGGCCUAGCAUAUUCUCUAGGGUCCUAUCCUAGGGACUGUGCGGUCAUGUCACGAAGCUGGCUAGGGUGUGUGGUUUGGGGCGUGACAAAAAUGGUAUCAGAGUAUAGGUUUAAGAUCACUAGGGAUUGUUAUAAAAAUAUAUUGAAGCUUAAGGUUAUGAUCACUAGGGACAUGACAAAAGUUGCAAAAACAAAUUCAGUGCUUUGGUGUAAGAUCAUUAGGCAUUGUGAUAAAAUAUGUGCAUUGGGUUUGGUAUAUGAUGAGUACAGAAGGACUGGAUGAUUUGUCUCUGAUCAUGAUAAGAGAGGUUUGACCUAAGAUCAGUGUAAGAAGGUUAACCAUGGCAUACCAGUUAUACCGUAUCAUGUUCAUAUGUUGUUUAAAUGACUUAGAAGUUCAAACUUGAUAUGGGUUUAGAUGUGAUAGUACUUUUAGUUUGCUGCCAAUUAUUAGAGUAAAAUUUGUACAUAGAUUUUUCAUAGUGAUGGAGUACGCUAAGAAAGGUUUGGAGGUUAAUAAAGUUAAUUCUACUUGUGGUGAUAUUGGCUCAAAGACUUCUAACCCAUUGAAAAUGGAGUAAAUCUCUUUGGAAGAAAGAUCGAUCUAGAUUGUCUAAUCAAAUUGCUAAAGAAAUUCAGGAUUAACCCACUUUAAAUUAAAUCUAAAUGUUUUGGGUUCUAAAAAGGUUGUGAAGAUCAUGCGGUGAUCUUAAACUUAAAUAAUGGCUUGAGGGUGGGUUAUAGUAGGUAUACUCUAUAUAAAUUGAGGACAAGGAGAUUUAGAGAUCCACGCACAUAGUGGGGGUGUGAUGGUCGAGGGGCAUCCGUCGGCGUGGCCGCAUCAGGUGCGGCAGCAUGCUAUCUAUGGUGCUAUCUAGGCGAGUGCUUUGGGUGCUUGCCUUCGCAUGUGCGCCAAUGCCGGAACGAUGCUUUGAGCAUGGAUGCUAGGCAUGGUUGGCUCGUCACCAUGUUGGAGGACCCAUGCUAUGUGCAUGCACUGCUCCACUACCGGUGGCAAGCAUGGCCAGUGCAGAUUCAUGCGGGCAAGCCACAGUGGGGCAGGGCUAGUCGUGGCCCACACAGCAGUUGGUGUGAGAUCCUCACUCAUGGCACUAAUGGUUGGCAGGGGCGGCCCAAUACAUCUGAGGGCCUAAGGCGAAUUCAGUAAAUAGGGCCUCUUUUUUUAAAAUAAUAAAUUUUUUUAAUAAAUAUAAAAUACUUAAAAAAAUGUUAUGGAAAUAGAUUGCUGUCAAGUACACUAUUUCAACAAAGAUGCAUGAAUCUAAUAAAGGUAGACAAAAAGCCUCUUCAAUUGGACAGGAAUGCCGGUCUGUUUGAGGGGAGGAGGAUGUCACCGAGGAUGGUGGUGGAUAGAGCAGUGACACAUGCGAAGGAGGUUUUGAUGGCUGCCGAUGUGUUUUCUUCUGGGACGGCUAGGGACACCUGGGGUACUCGUCACGCUGUUUUAGCGCCCCGAUUUGCCCUUAUUUCUUGGGUACCCUCACCCCUUGGCUAUAUCAAAGUUAACUUCGACGGCAGUAGGUUAGUGGAUGGUGUGACUGGAGGGGUUGGUUUUGUGAUCAGGGACCAUUUUGGUAGGAUGAUAGCUGCAGGAGGUCGCCGUACGUCGGGACUUACGAUAGUGGGGGCUGAGCUGAGGGCAGCCUGGGAGGGUAUAUCCUAUGCGAGGUUGGUACUUGGUGCCGAGCGGGUGUACCUCGAGGGAGAUUCCUCCAUGGUGAUUGAUUGGGUCCGAGGGGCGGAUAGGUUUGGUGAUGGUCAUCCCCUUAUCCGGGAGAUUCGCAGGAUGGCUCAGAUGUUGGGCGGCUUUCGGGCAGCACACGCGUUUAGGGAGGCAAACAGUGCAGCAGACUGGGUCACCUCCUAUGUCGCCCGACAUUCCGGGGAUGUUAUUUGGACGUCUGCUUUAGAUGUUCCCUAUCCUUUGUAUUUUUUACUUUCCCGUGAUUUGGCAGGAUGUACUUACGUUCGAGUUAUAUGAUAUGAGUAGCCGUUUUCACCAAAAAAAAAAAAA